UGUUUCCUUAUUCCCACAUUAUAAAAGAGGCUGCCUCCUCAGCAGAAGCAAGCAGGAGAGGUAAGAGGAGAGCAGGACAGCUACCAGGACCUCUGAGAAGCCCAGGCACGAAGGAGAGAAGAUGUUUCAAAUUGGGGGCCUCAUUGUCUUCUGUGGGCUGCUGGCCCUGCCUUUGCCCGUGGACCUGGCUCUGAGUCCCACAGAUGUUGCUGGAGAGUUGACAAGUGCUGUCAGCAGUGGCCUGCUCUCUGGGGGUCUGUUGGAUAGUGUCAAAAACCUUCCACUCGUGGACAUCCUGAAAACUAAUGCAACUUCUUCUGGUGGCCUGAUUGGCAAGCUGCUUCAGCAAGUGAUCAAUCCUCUGAAAGGCCUCACUGGUAUAGAGAUCACUGAACCCAAACUUCUGGAAAUUGGCCUUGUGCCGAGCGAGGAUGGCCACCGCCUCUACCUCAACAUCCCUCUGAGCUUCAAAAUCAAAUUGCAAUUGUUAACGAGCAAACUACGUCUGUUAACACUGUCUGUGAAGCUAAAUGCCACUAUAGAACUCAUUCCUAAGAAAGAAGAAGAUGGACUCCACUUGGUCCUUGGUGACUGCUCUCGAUCCCCUGUCAAUCUGGAAAUCACCCUGCCUGAUGGAGCUCAAAUCAUCCUCAUUCAACCCUUGAUUAAUGACCUCACCAAUACCUUGACUAAAACCCUUCCUAAGCUGCUGCUGGUUCCGGUGUGCUCUCUGGUCAAUGGACUUCUCAGCCAGUUGGAUGUGUCCUUAGUGCAAAACAUUGUCGACACACUGAUCCCUCAGAAGGAUAUUAUCAUCGACGUCUAAGCCUUCCAGGAAGGGACCUGGCCUCUCCUGAGCUAAACCACUUCCUGCUGCUCAAUCCAUUCCCUGCCCAGCCUCAGACGAUUCACAGAAUGCUGCCCAUGUCCUGCACAAUGACACAACCGCUGUUCGGGGCCAACAGCAGUCUUCUCUCCAAGGAAACUGCUUCCCCUCCUUUCCCACCAGGCAUGUGUUACAUUCCAUAGUUCCUC